GAACCAGUGCAGCUUUGAUCGAUGAAAAAAUAUAUUAUAUUGGUGGCAGAACAAAAGACAUUCACCCUCCAAACGAUGAUGCAUUUCUAUUGAAUUUAUCAUCAGACUUUGCAAUAAAUGAUCCAAAUUUUACAAAUUUUACUCAAUCAUUACUCGCAACAAACACAUUAUACAAAAUAAGCCGAUUCAACGAUAAUUAUCUCACCUGGACAAAAGUUUCAUCAACGUGGCCAAGUCAACGAGAUGGAAUAGUUCUAAUUAUUGAUAAUCUUUCAAGCAUUUACGUAUGGGCUGGACGCUAUACUUUUGAUAAUGCGCCGAUUCCAAGAUCAUCUUAUUCGGCUACGUUAUUAAAUGAUGGCCGAAUUAUUUAUAUUGGCGGUCUGAAUUCAACCUCAGAUCCAUUAGUGUUUAAUUUUAUGGAGCCAUCCAUAAGUGACAUAAAUAUAAUAAAUCGAGCUUCACAUUCAGCAUUACUUCGAGGUUACUAUAAAGGAGGCGACAAUCCUUACGAGCAAAUUCCGGAGUCUGACUCAGUAUGGAUAUUUAAUACCAAAACUUGGGUCGUGGUCCCGGCCAUCAGUUCUACUUUAGGAGCGACUCAAGAUAUUAAUAAAUAUACAUCUCAAGUAAAAGUUAUGGAUGUCACGAAUUUAAGCUCACUGGCUUGGGUUCCUACUUACAAAGUAAGGUUACCAUCAACCACGACUACUACAAAUGCUUCAACUGAUGGAACCACUGGAAAAAAUCUUGGUCUAAUACUUGGAAUUGCAAUCGGUGGCAUCCUUCUUGUUAUCACGGUUUUAAUGAUAUUCUUUAUAUGUCGUCGACGUAGAUCGGAGUCUUCUGGAAGACAUUCAGAAUAUUCCGCACAUUCGAGCAAUGAGCCUAUUAUUUCACCAACCCAAGUUCAGAAUACAGAUCCAUAUAAUUUUUAUCCUAAUCCAGCGUACAUGUACUAA